CUAAAGGGUUGAGUUCCAUGUUAGUAAACGGAAGAGUACACGUCUGUAUUUCCGAAAUCUAAGCUGGGAAGAAUGAAACAGAUCUCAGAUCUAAGGGCUCACCUUAAUUAACAGUCUAGCCCUGCAAACUCGCCAUGCUUUAACCUGGCUGGUAGAAGACUGACCAUGGGUUGGGCUCCCUAAAUAAGGGACAGAGGGAAAGAGAUCUUGCCCCAAGGGAGACUCGAAUAAUGCCCCACGCUAGUCGGUCUGUCAGCGCUUCCCCUUAUGGACCAGAAAUUAGCCGACAGACAAAUUUCACAGAUUAUGAGAAAGUACAUUGUGCUCCUGAUGACAGAUUCUUUCAACCAGAGAGAAAUCUGGGCCCUUAUGAUGACUUACUAAGGCCCUGCGAGAUGUCAUCUGGUCCGCCCAACUCUCACCGCCUGGGGAAUGACCAGCACUACUCUUACACUACUGGGGGAACAGGCACUACCCCAGGUAGAGAUUUGGGGUACAACAUUCCCACUCAGGGAGAUGCCCACACCAGUCCCACCUCAAAUCUCCAGUCAUCCAGCUUUAAUCGUCGCCAGUCCACACCCAGAACUAAACACAGGGAUUUCCGUCAGAACAACUUAUCCUCGGACCAGCUGUAUGACAUGAGUCGCUACCGUAGCCCGCUGGAGGAACGGAGGAACACGCUGUUACCUGAGGCAGAUGAGGAGUCCGUGUUCCAGGCUCUGCAGCCAGAUGAGAACCCAGGGAUGCUGUACACCGGGCCAGCCAUACCCUACUCCAGCACCAGCCAGUCCAGCCUGUCCAAGGCCCCCAGAGCUAACGCCCACUCCUCCUCCCUAGAAAGUCUGCCAAGAUACGCGCACACGCCCACCAAUAGCCUUCUGCGCCGCUCCCACCAGGAGCUGACAGACAGCAGACAGUGGCACCACCGAUCAGGGUCUCUCCAGACCAGUGGAGAUCAGCUGAGGCGCACAUCUAACCGUACCCCCUCAGUCAUUGAUGUUAUGCCUGCCCGUGCCUCCACCAAUCUGCCAGGAGAUCUCUCCAAGUGGCAGCAGCUACACAAGCAACAGCUGGCCCUGCAGCAGGCGGACUCCAAGGUAUUAACCAGCCUCAGUACAAAGUCGAGUUCCCUGAGCAGUUUGCAAAGUUAUGACUUUGUGUCUGGCCUGGAGAAGAACUGCGAUACUGUGGGGGCAUUCAGGAAUGCUGCUGAUGAGAUCAUCCAGGAGAAGGAUACAGUCAUUGAGAAUUUACGGUUAAAACUGCUGCAGCUUGAGAGUCCAUAUCAGUCUAGCUAUACCUCCAGGUGCCUCACAGACAGUGAGGUGGCAAGGCUUAAACAACACGCCCAGGAUCUAGAGUAUCAGAACACUCUACUGAAGACAAGACUGGCCGAGGCAGCUAGCAGUCAGCAGUCUAAAAUAGAGAACCUGGAAUUACAGCUAGGGGCCACGGAACAUGAGUUGGUAUCGGUCAAGUCUGACCUGACUGACAAGCAGAAGCGUUCACGUAUGGAGUCAGCAGAAAUUGAAACUAAGAUCAUGGAGAAGGAGAGGCAGGUGGCUGAGUGGCAGAGGCGGUUCAUGGAGAUGAGGGACAGCCAUCUGGAGGUGAGGCAGAAGCUGGACAGUCUAGAGAGAUACUUGUCUGACCUCCCCACAGCUGAGGACUCCCAGCAUACCGCUCAGCAAUUAAAUACACUGCAAGAAGAAGUUAGCGUUCAGAAAACCACCAUCAGUAACCUAGAAAGGAGAAUGACGAUGGCCAAAAAAAUCAUUACGGUCAAGGAUAGGGAUCUAGAUCAAUUGAAAGAGCAGAAUUCUCAGCUGGAGUCCCGUCUGAGCAUGGCAGAGACAGAGUUAGAAGAGAUCAAAACAAAGGGACUAGGGGAGGAGCUAGCCAAGGCUCAGGCUAAUGUGGAGAAAUCAAAACAGGAGAAAGAACGCCUGAGGAUUGACCUGGAGAAAGCGAAAAAGAUGCUGGAAGCACAGCACAGACUUGCACAGCAGGUUGAAGUGAGACACAAAGGGGAGACAACCCAGCUAGAAGAGCGCCUCCAGCAAGAGGAAGAUGCAAUGAACGCUCUAAGAGAAGAGAGCUCAAACAUGGAGACACAGAUCAUUAAACUGAAGAAAUCCAUCAGGGAUUUAUCCACUCAAAACCAGGACCUGCUAGAGCAGAACAUGAUCCAGAAAGACCAGCUGUCAACAUUUGAGCGUCACUGCUCUGAGGAGACUCUGAAGUUGGAGCGACAGCUAGCACGUGAGAUGAGGUUGUGUUUCGCUCAGCUCCAGGGUCUGGUGCAGGUCUGCUGUGACCGGGCAGAUGGACAUGACCUCGACAUGUCCAUGUUACUUGAUACCAGAGGUACAGAGGUGGACUCGGAUGAAGAGUACAGUCAGAGCAGUCAGUCAGGAUCCUCUCAGGCCAGCAGUAACAGUGGACGGAACACCGUCAAUGAUGCACUCACGCUUAAAAACAGACUCGCUAAAGUCAAGGAUCUCAAGAAGCAAAUGGAGAAGCUAAGAGAAAUCAUCACAGACAAAAUUGCUGAAGAUCUGGCGUCCAAAAUCGAGUGUACAACACAGUGAUAGUUGUGUGAACUAUGAUCGAGACACACUCUCAUACAAUGUGUUAAGACUAUUAAAGCUGGAAAAUACAGUAGGUCCCUGUGAUCGUAGUAUGAACAGUGCUCAUCACUGAUAACAUGACAUGACCAUAAUCUUAACUGGCAGCAGUAAUACAGUCCAGGGAAAAAAGCAGGUUUAUUGUGAGCAGUGAGAAACUUCAUGUAAUAUGACUUGAAACAUGCAUUCUCCUGGAAAGUGUAUACCAAUAUAUAUCAUUCAAACCGUUGCUGUUGGUUGAUUGUGGUGCAGCUGUCUGAAUUUUGAUGCAUGCAGAUUGUGGCCUCAUUAAGGGCUGCUCAUCAUUUCAUGAUGAGUGAUUGUACUACUAGUCCAUGCCUCUCUCUCCUCACAGACUUUGACAUCACUCACUUUUAUCGGUGAAAGCACAAGAGACUGUAAAACUGUCUGGAAUGCAAUUCCUAGCGACCAUUUCCAAAAACGUAUACAUAUGUCACAGCAAAAGUCAUCAUCAGUUCAAACUGAGGUUGUAAACAUGCUGGAAAGAAUGGAUGUGUACUCAAUAUUCAACAUGGGCGCCUGAGAAUGUAUAUAACUGAGAAUGUGGAAUAGGUGAGAUGUAUACAUGGGUGAUUUGUCCUGUAUAUAUGUAUAUAUAGAUCUGUAUUAAAAGGAAUAUGACAUUUAUAUGAAACUCUGUGAUAGUCUAAACUUUUGCAAACUUUCCUCCAUAUGUUAAGAUAAAGCAUGUUAUGUGAUAUGAAAGAUUGAGUGAAUAAGUGAAUGGAUGAAUGAUUGUAUUUUAGAAAU